AUGGAAAAUACUUGUCAUUCUUCAGGAGGCGGUGGCUCUACAGUUACCUCUUCUACUAGUACUGGUGGUACGGCAAGUAUCUCCACCGCCACCGCCACCGCCACCACCACCGCCAAUACCGGCAGCGGCAGCAAUAGAGACAGAGAUGUGUAUCUAAAACAUCUGAAUAAAAUAUCCCACAAGAUUUCUAAGCCCACCAUCAGGCGGUCGCCUAGCUUUGAUCGGAACUUAAAUCAGAAUAUCGAGAAUCUCGGGCAACCGUCGCAAACCCAAGUGGGUCUUCCCCAAACACAGCCGGCUCCGGCCCAGGCUCCGUCACAGCAGCAGCAGCAGCAACAACAGGCGCCGCCGCAGCAGCAUCAGCCUCCGGUUUAUAAUAUCAACAAGAAUGACUUCCGGGAUGUGGUCCAGAGACUAACGGGCUCGCCGGCGCAUGAGAGGUUUUCUACUCCGCCUCCUAUUCAGCCACCUAAGCCUCCGAGCUCAAGGCUGCAGCGGAUCCGUCCUCCGCCGCUGGCCCAGAUUAACAACCGUCCGCCUCAGCUUCCUCAAAUAAGCAACCACCCGGGAGGUAGCGUUCCGACCGCCGGGUUCUUCGCCGGUCAACGGCAACCCCUGUCUCCACUUCCUCCUUUCCCGGCGGUGCAUGCGGCUGCUGAAUCGCCGAUUUCUGCUUACAUGCGUUUUCUCCAGAGCUCUUCCGCCUCCGCUGCUUCUCCCAGGUGGAACAACCUUCCGCCCCCUCAGCUACCGCCGCUCCACCACCAGCAGCAGCAGAACAUUCCUCCUCCGCCGCCUCAGGCAGCGCCUCAGUUCCCUCCCCUGCCUACGUCGCCGUUGGCUUUUGGUUGUAUUCCGUCACCUAGGUCGCCGUACGGCAUGAUGCCGCCGGGCAUGCUGUUUUCUCCGUCCCAGCUAGGUCUCCAGCAGCUGCCGUUGUCCCCAACUCUCCCGGUUACAAGUCCGAGAUGGAAGGGUAUGUGA